AUGAGGGGGAUUCGUCAAACAAAGAUCCCAGAAGACUUCUGGAUUCCCAUCCCGCUGGACACCGACAAUAUCACAUCCCUCAGCCCGUACCUGGUUCCCCAGGAUCACUUAGGGAGCCCAGGGAUAUUUUAUUCCAUGUCAGCAUUUAUGUUCUUCCUGUUUGUGGCGGGUACAGCCAUUAAUACCCUCACUAUUGUAUGCACAGUUCAGUACAAGAAACUCCGGUCUCAUCUGAACUACAUCUUAGUGAACUUGGCUGUGGCCAACCUCCUCGUCUCCACUAUGGGCUCCUUCACUUGCUUCUACUGCUUCGCCUUCAGAUACAUGAUUCUCGGUCCACUGGGGUGCAAGAUUGAAGGAUUUACAGCAACUGUUGGUGGUAUGGUAAGCCUGUGGUCUCUUGCAGUGAUAGCAUUUGAGAGAUGGCUUGUUGUCUGCAAGCCAAUCGGUAACUUCGCCUUCAAACCUAAUCAUGCGAUAGCUUGUUGUGCAAUGACUUGGGUCUUUGCUUUGAUGGCUGCAGUUCCUCCUCUGGUUGGAUGGAGCAGGUAUAUCCCAGAGGGUAUGCAGUGCUCCUGCGGACCGGACUGGUACACAACUAACAACGAGUUUAACAACGAGUCCUAUGUAAUGUUCCUGUUCUGCUUCUGCUUCGCUGUCCCUUUCUCUACCAUCGUGUUCUGCUACUCACAGCUGCUUUUCAUGCUGAAAUCGGCAGCAAAGGCCCAGGCUGAGUCUGCCUCCACCCAGAAAGCAGAGAGGGAGGUGACCAGGAUGGUGGUCGUCAUGGUGCUGGGCUUCCUGGUGUGCUACCUGCCUUAUGCCUCCUUUGCUCUUUGGGUUGUCAACAAUCGAGGGCAAGCUUUUGACCUGAGACUGGCGACCAUACCCUCCUGUGUGUCUAAAGCCUCCACAGUGUACAACCCUGUUAUCUACAUCCUCCUUAAUAAACAGUUCCGCUCAUGCAUCAAGAACAUGCUUGGGAUGAGAGGAGGCGAUGAUGAGGAGUCGUCAACAAGUCAGUCAGUCACUGAAGUCUCUAAAGUCGGACCCUCUUAGAUUGUGAAGUUAAUUUUGAUGAUUUGCAUGUUGUAAAUAGCACUACUUGGAUUUGACAAGUGGGAUUACAGAUUACAGUUAUAUUCAAAGCAAAAUGUAAAGAAGGAGAAAUAAAUACAUCAUUUGUGUCUCUACUAGUCUAUUCAUUUUAGCUGUACAUU